ACUGUUUUUAUAGAGAUAUAUAUUGAGCAGAGCUGUAAGUGUAUUGGUCCGGCCCUUAUCAACUGUCAAAGUUUCUCAUGUGGUCCCAUAGGAAAAUUAAUUGCCCACCCCUGAUCUAGAAGAUGGAGAUGAACACUAAUUUGACAAACGUAAAUAGUUAAAGUGUAGCAUUUAUUAUGUGUACAGUAAAUGCAGGGUUUUUAACCUCGCUGAAAAUAUUGCUGUGUGCAAUUAUUGUACAUGCAUUUUGGUAAGGGAAAGGAAAUGGCAGCAUAUUUGAAAGGAACUGGAGAACACUGUCAAUGAUUACAAGUAUCCUGAGCUGGAAACCCUGGAAUUCAUGGGCGAGUGAGGAAAUGGAAGACAGUACACCUCCCAAUAUCUCACUGGAAGAGGAAAGUCUCUAUCAAGAUUGUGCACUAGCCAUGCCCAACACAACCCCUGUAGGCACAACUCACUUCUCCUUCUCUCUCCCUGUUGCCCCAGCCAGAUCUUAACUAGCCCAGAUGGAGGGAAACAUGAUUCAUUCACUCCCUGGGCAGUUACUCAUCAGGCGCAAGCCAGCUGGCUAAGCCUCCAGUCCCUUCAGUCAGAGCUUAGCCCAUUUUAUUUCCUCAGCAACUCAGUAAGUCUAACCCAAAUGAUCUAGGCAGAACAGGGUGUAGAUGGAGGAAGAAAGCAAUCUUUGAAGGUAUAAAUAGGAACCAGUCCAGCCCAAUGAAGCACAGUCAUUGUAGUUGACAUAAAACAGGGUAGGGUAGGGGAUAGAUGUUAGUGAGCGCACACAAGAAAGCCAGUUCUAAACUAGAAAUCCUGGUCUGACAAAACUGUUCACUAAAGCAACUUAGGAAAGUGAGUAUACUUACUUCAAGGUCCCUUGGUAUAUUCCUUACAGUGCCUUUCAUAGGUCAUGCCUGAUGGAGAGGGAUAGGAAAAGAAAAAAGUCGACUCAAAAAGGGCAUUUCUCCAGCAUUUAUGUUGUUUGGCUUGAGGUGACAUUGGCUGACAGCAACAACUGAAUUGGCCAACGGGCCACAUCACACAGCCAGCAGGUACUCAAGAAAGGAGAAAUCCACACUAAUAUUAACCUUACAAAGGAGGUAACUGGAAAAGGAUGAUGCUAAUCCUUUUCUACCAGGCUGCUCUGUGGAACUCCGGAGAUUCUAGCUUGAAAUGUGACCAGAAGGUUUGCACUUAGUGGAGGAAGAAAACUAAAAUGCAGCUUGCCGACUUCAAGAUAGCAUCCCUUGUCUUGAAAGCUGUAAUCCAGUAAGAUAACAUGUGCAAAUGAAUUCUUGGUCAUGGGAUUAGAUUGGAGACGCAGAAAUAUGAGUAGUAAAGGCUUUGCCAAGUCAGAAGGUGACUCAACUUUCUGAAAGCAUGGAGUAAAGCAAAUGCAACAUGGUUCUCACGGUAAAGAGCACUGGGAAAGGACAGCAAUGCACAUGGCAACUUCCUUGCCCCACCAAAUGACCAUAUAAAGUAGUCACAGUUAUUUUCUGAAGAGUUGGGUUCAACCCUUCACUCUUGAUGUAGGCAGAGGCCUAGUUUCCAGUGCACUAGAGGGCUUUUGGAGUUACUUUGUCUUGUAGCUGUGAAGUGCCCAUAAGAAUCUGCUUUGCAACUAGACUACCUGGUGUUUUGGAGCCUAGGGGCAAGAAGAGCUGGGGGCAAGGAAGAGUUGGGCUCACAACUCAUGGAACCUGAUUCAUCUGAAUUCUUACAGUCUUACACAAAGAAGGCUCUUCUGAAACUAUCUGUGAACUGUAAUACACUGAAGUCACAUGCUGACUUUUCACUGCAUGUAUAAAACUCAGGAGACUCUGACUGGCUGGGGCUAACCAAUGCAUGAACACCAUCAUUCAGGGACAAUUCACCUAUAUGAUGGUAGCUGCCAUGCAAUUGUUAAGAAGUGAAUGGGGAAGCUAUCAGGCUUGUGUAAGGCCAUGCACAAUGGACGCACACUUGGAGCAAGUUGUUGCCUCAACUUGAGUACUUUACAUCUGGCCUGCAUUAUUUCUCCUAUGGGGUGACAGUUACAAAAAAAGCUUUCUUGUUAACAGCUUACCUUGAAGGCCUCUUUGUGUAGAAAUAUGCAGGUAUAUGUGAUGUAGUGUUUGGCUGUCACUACAAAACAAACACACGCAUUUGGGGUCAUAUUCUUGCUGAUUUGGUGCUGGCUUUGCCUCGACCCAAGGAUUAGAUGCCAGGACCAUCAUCUAUGAAUGCUAAAUAAUAUUAAGGAGCACCUGCUCCAGGUUUUUGAGGGCUCUUGGACAAGACACCCUCAAUAGGCCCCCUCCCAGAGUGAGUCUAUUUUCUCACCAUCAUCAUCACCGGUGGUCCUGCCCUUCCUCCUCUGUCUUAUCAGUUACCACAGGCUUGCCUGAGGAGCAGGGAGCCAAUGAGCACAGGUGGGCAGCGGCAUCUGCUGUGUCUCCUUUAAACGCCACCACCUUCUAGGCCAGCCUGAGAUGCACCUGAACAAGCAGGUUGUAAGGGUGCCACGGAGGAGCAACUCGGGGCAGGGUCGUUCCAGUGGGCCCUUGUGGGGACUGUGGGCCCUUGGCAGUUGCGAAACCACGGCCGCCCUUGCAUCAUCCUAGCCAUACGGAACAGGCCGCCUGUGCUGACGGACACCUAUCCCUAUACGUAGCGCAGGAUGAGAAGGGGCCGACCCAUACCGGAAGUCCCCCGUGUCCUAGCCGGGCCGUUCCCGUUAGCCCAGCACAGCCGCUCCCCCGGGAGCCUGCAGCCAGCCAAUACCUACCCCCAGAAGCUUCCUUCUGGUGGCACCCCCAGGGAAGGCAGAAAGUGGCGCCUUUUAUAUUCAGCUCAGCAAAACACACCCACACCCGCGCUCCUCCAGUCAAGUCGCGAGCCCCCGCGCGACUAUUUGCUCCAGCCGCCAGCACGCAAGCGCCUCGCAAGCCAGCCGCAUAUUUUGUCGGAAAGGGUCUUGGACAAAGCCAACAGAAGGGUCCUUGUUAGCAGGCUGCUCCCUGGAGAGAGCGCGAGAAAGAAAGAGAAAGAGAGAGAAGGAGAGGGUGGGAAGGGAGAGAGCAAGCAGAGGAGCGAAGCGGUGGGGUGGGGCUCGGCUCGCUCACGCCUGUUUCCUCCGUCUGCCUAAGCUGGGAGAGGGGAGGCAGGAGGGGAUGUAGGGACUUUCCGAACACUUUGCAUGCAACUCUCCUUGCCCGAGGCAGCGGCGCUUCUUUUCCCGCGCGUCGAGCCGGCCUGGCUGCUGCGCGCCCGAGGGCGCCUUUUACGCACCCGCUGCAGAGGAACUGCCUCUCGGGGCCGCUGGAAGCGCUUCAGGAAUCCAGCAGGGGAAGGACUGUGCGUCUUUUUCAGGGCUGCCAAAGGAGGGAGGAGGAGGGGAGCUCCUCUCCGCGUCGUCUGGGGGCGCCCUCACGCCUGACCUCCUCUACCCCGGGAGGCUCCCCCAGAGUGACUCUUUAACUCGGGGCGAGGGGCGGGAAGGGGCUCGCGCGGUGGAAGCGCUAACCCGCCCCAACGAGCCGCCCGCCCAACCCACUCGCGCGGGGCAGGGAGAGGAUCUUUAAAGCCGCUUUCUCCAGGAAAAAGGCGGCGGGCGAGGGACGAACGAGCGGAAGAAAGCCGAAGGAAGCGGCCGGAGUUGGAUAGUCCCCAGGCUGCAGCGCUGGCGCUUGCCUCUCCAGCAAGGUCGUUCUCCGGCGCCGGUCCCUCCUCGGCAGGAGGCUGCGAGGACCCCGUGCCAGGAAUCAUUUAUGUGUCUCAUGGCCCAUCCAAGAGGAUUAGUUUUUGGAAGAUGACCCUGGAGCCCUCUGAGCCAAAUACUGUAGAAGACCUACCUGUGUUCGGGGACCUAGAAGUUGAUCAGGGAGAUUUUGAGCUGUCGGGGAGACAGCAGUCAACUCUUCUACUCACAAGGGUGACAGCACAGUAUCCCUAAUAAGGAGAAAUGAGCACCAGGCAAUGCUUUCCACAUAGCCAAAGAGCCACGGAAGAUAUUUUUCUCUUUCCAUGAGGGAGAAAGGUCUUUUCUCUGGCAAUCCCUUGAAGUCGCUGUUCUCUUUCCAUGGAAAAAGGACACAGUUUACCUCAAGACUUCUGGGAGCUGACACACUGCCUGAGGAUGAGGAGCAAGUACGCCAUCCUCCUGGUGUUUGUGGUGGCCCUUGUCAUAAUUGAGAAGGAGAACAACAUCCUAUCAAGGGUGUCAGACAAACUGAAGCAGUCUCCACCACCCCCACUAGAAGCUAACAGCACAGACCCUGGCCUGGUGCUGCCGGAAAAUGGUUCCCUCCAGUCCCUCAGUGAGCUGGAUUUGGCCUUCUCCCAGCUCAAGAGCCGACUCCAGAAUGUCACUUUGCAGCUUGGGGGUACUAAGGAACUGUUGCCCACACCAGCCAAGGGGACUCGGAAACAUGUACUCUUAAUGGCUACCACUCGCACCGGUUCCUCCUUUGUAGGGGAAUUCUUUAAUCAACAGGGCAAUAUUUUCUACCUCUUUGAGCCACUCUGGCACAUUGAAAGGACAGUGUCAUUUGAGCCUGGCGGUGCUAAUGCAGUGGGAUCAGCCCUUGUCUACAGAGAUGUGUUGAAGCAGCUCUUCCUCUGUGACCUCUACACCUUGGAGAACUUCAUCAUCCCAUUCCCAGAGGACCACCUGACUCAGUUUAUGUUCCGGCGUGGUUCGAGCCGCUCCCUGUGCGAGGAGCCCGUUUGCACGCCUUUUGUCAAGAAGGUCUUUGAGAAAUAUCACUGCAAGAACCGCCGCUGUGGUCCCCUAAAUAUAACUCUGGCCACAGAGGCCUGCCUGCGCAAGGAACAUAUGGCACUUAAGGCUGUGCGCAUCCGGCAGCUGGAGUUCUUGCGUCCUCUCGUUGAAGACCCUCGUCUGGAUAUGAAGAUCAUCCAGUUGGUACGGGAUCCUCGGGCUGUGUUGGCUUCUCGUAUGGUUGCUUUUUCAGGUAAGUAUGAAACCUGGAAGAAAUGGGCCAAUGAAGGGGCAGCGACUCUCAAUGAGGAGGAAGUGCAGAGGCUGCGGGGGAACUGUGAGAACAUCCGGCUCUCGGCUGAGCUUGGUUUGAGGCAGCCAGCCUGGCUCCGGGGUCGCUACAUGCUGGUCCGCUAUGAGGACAUUGCCAGGUCACCCCUCCAAAAGGCCAAGGAGAUGUACAAAUUUACCGGCAUCACCAUCACUCCACAAGUGGAAGAGUGGAUCCGGAAGAACACACAGGCACCUCAGGCUAGCAAUGGCAUCUACUCCACCCAGAAAAACUCCUCAGAACAGUUUGAGAAGUGGCGGUUCAGCAUCCCUUUCAAGCUUGCCCAGGUGGUACAGAAUGUCUGCAGUCCUGCCAUGAGCCUGUUCGGCUACAAGCUGGCCAGCAGUGCUGAGACCCUUACAAACAGAUCUAUCAGCCUGCUAGAGGAGAGGAGGACCUUCUGGGUUACGUAAAGCUGGCUUUUGCCAGGAGGUCUCCUGUAUCACUGGUUUUUGUGGGAUUGAAAAAGACAGAAGAUGAGAAUUGUCAGAAAGGAUGGAGGGGGAAGCAGUCCUUGCCUCGUGUUCCUGCUUGGUUUGUGUGCUCUGUCUGCACAAGGUGCUUUCUGCUUUGCCUGGGAGCAGACAUUACCUGCUGGCGUGCUCGAGGCUUCUUGAUGGAUUAUAAAGGCGGCCAAAGUCUGAUUGAAGAGGAGUCCAGAAGCUGGCACGGUGGGGAGCAUGAAUGCUGGGCACCAUUUUCCCUACCUCAUGUCUGCCUUCUUUUCACUGGGAACACUGUUCAUUCAUCACUAAACAUCCAAAGAGAGAGAUAUUCUAUUUUUGAAAAUACAUUUACACUUUGAAAGAUGGUUUUUCAUCCUGCUGAGAUGUGAGAAAAGCAAGAGUAUUGCACUGAUCAUGCCUAAGGCAGCCUUAAAGGACACGUUGAGUUGAUAGUUGUGGAUGGUAGGAAAGGUGUGGCGCGGGGGAGGAAGAGGGAGGAAGGAAAUGUGUUUGACGGAACUGUCGGAAAGGAAUCUGACUGCUUCAUCAUUUAGACCGAGAAUGUCCCAUACCUGUUCUACCUGAGACUCUCAGGUGCCUUGUUAAACUUGAGGAGAUGUGACUGGAUCACACAAAUCCCCAGGGUGGGGGGAAGUGGGGGAAAAAGACAUGCAGUGGAGCAUAAGCUGGCCCUAUCCACGAUAAUAAAGGGGACUUUGAGACACAGCACAAGAAGGUUUCAUGCACUUGCUAUGUUUUAUCUUGCCUUGCACCGAGGCCCCUUGGAUGAGAGAUUUUUAAAAGCAGGCUAAGAAAACACGAUUCAAAGAGGGAGAGAAUGGAACAGUAUUCUUCCUACAUCCCUGGGGAUCAACAUUCCUCAGUGCCAUCCAUUGUUUUUGCUCUUCAGAAGUCUAUUUUUUUACGUCCGCUGUCUGGUUUUCUGACUUGCCUCCGAAUCAAUUGUUACUGAUUCUCAUCCAGUGUCUCCAGAUGGUUAAGUGACAAUGGCUGCUUGUAGUCUGGUGCUAGGAGGCUGUGAGUUUAAUUGUAUCCCCCCC